CACGGGGUUCCCGACAGAUAAUAGCUCCCAGUCACCUCUGUGAGAGAGUCUCCGAUUGGGUUUUGCACCGGAAAGCAUAAUCACAUCCCGCAAUGGCAGGCAGAGAAGUUCGAGAAUACACCAAUCUCACAGACCCAAAAGAUAAAAAAUGGGGCAAAGGGAAAGACAAGAUAGACGACGAAGACAUCACCUUCCAACGCAUGGUUGCAAAGAUGCAAGAGGUUGCAGGAGAACGUGGUGGUUACCUUCAUGGCCGAGGCGCCUUGGACAGUGAUGACCUAUUAUAUCUCAAGGAGCAGAUGGAAGCUGAGGAGGAUGCAGAACGCCUCCUUCGUCGCACUGAGAAACGAGCAUUUGCUGCAUUUAAGAUAUCCUUUUAUGAAAUUGCUUCUAGUUUAUUGGCAUGCAAUAACUAGCUGGUAACAAGCAUUUUUUUUCCUGUACUUCACUGUCAAUCUUGAUGCAUUGAUAUGCUUCUUAUGUGUGUUCUUCCUUCAAAUUAAAUCGUCAUGUACCAUAUAUCUGCAGUCGUACUGAGUACCUCAUUUGAAACCAAGUGUAUCUUAUUUUCUUGGCUGGUAGCUCACAAACUAAAAAAUUGUGGGCUUCUAUUUGAUUUUUUCUAGUAAAUUUAAGUGUUGUGGACUGUAUUUCACAAGAUGUGUUUUUUUAAGUCUUUUUCAGUACUGUGGACUAGCUGCUGAUGAUAGGAAUUGGGGAACCCAUUAGGAUAAGAUAGAAAGCUGUCCUUACUAUAUUCUCUUUUCUUUUUUCAUUAAAUAUUUUUACUCUAUCUGUGGUAACUGCCUCUUUUAUUCGUACUGAGGUACUUCCUAAAGUUUUUGCUGGAGGAUGUAUAUUAUUAAAAUAUCUUGAUCAUUUUUAAGUUGGGUGGUAUCUUUGAAUCCCUUGCAGCUGUUCUGAUGUCAUGAGUGAUAACAGGCUUUUGCCUUAACACUGGUAAAGUUGAACUGUGAUACUUUUCUUAUGGAUAGCGGACAUCUUGCUGGUAUUGAGCUUUAUUUGACCAACAAAACAAGAUUGUAUAUUUCUGUCUAUCCUGAAUUCCUUAGUGCAUGCUUUUGUUGUUCAAGUUUCAUAUUUUCCCCUCUUCUAUCUUGGUUUACUUAACCAAUGCACACAAAGCUGCAAGUCUGGCAGAUUCGUCACCUGCAUCAGCUCCCUUGACACUUCGUGUAGAGCCCAAACCAAAAAGUGGGAUUAGACAGCAAGAUCUACUGAAAAAAGUGGUUGAAAUAAAACCGAAAAAGCAGAAAGUUGCUAGUCCAUCUAGUGGCACUCAGUUGUCCCUCAACCAAAAGAAUGGUGGUGCUAUUUCAGCGAAUUCGAAGCCUGAAUCUAACCAGGACAAGGACAAAGUGCAAUUGUCAUUGCCAUCUAUUAAAACAGAUGGCGAGUCCAAGGUGGAAGCUACUUCACAAAGCUUGUUAGGCUUAGCAUAUGACAGUUCUGAUGAUGAAGAUUAAAGAAAAAUAAAGGCAUGCUCCUGUGAACAAUAACUCAGUCUUCGUAUUGUAUGCGCAGUUAUUAGUACAAAAGCUCGCUCACUACUUAGAUCACUUUUAUUGAAUACAAUGCUUUUAAAGUUGGUACAGUUAUGUAUUAACCAUUUACAGCGGGUGAUUUAUUUUCUAUUGGCCGA